GCACGGCGUAACCAUCCCCCGCGAGCGAAAAUACUUAAAGGAAGCACCUAGAUCUAAACAGGUAUAAUCACCUGUAGACUUUUAGUGUCUAAAUAGGACGGGAGCAGGUUGGUUUCUGCGUGAAGCGAGUUUCCCACCACACCCCAAUACACACGCUUAAAUAGCGAACGCCAUUCUAAAGCGGCCUGGCUACUACUUGAAUAGAAAAGGAUCAAUACGACUAUUCCGAGCUCGGUGCUGCGUAUUUGUCACCCAAGCUCUUUUAACAAAAGGCCGCGCAAGUGCUACUGGGAUAUUGUUUAACAAUCGAAACUCCACAUUGAAUACACCCUAGUAGAAAGAUAAUCUAACCAGGUCGCACACCCAGUUACACAGGUCGGAAAAACUAGGCGAAAAGACGCUUCUCGGGGGAGAUUGCGAUUUCUCCUUAAUCAAUCAUUAUGACGAACCUUCAUUUUGGGAUUUUGGUUGUUUUAAUAUGUCUAGGAAACCUAGCAUCAGCAUCCUUUAGCAACGAGGGGACCGAAUUUUAUGUAGGAUUUAUGAACAAUGAUUUUGGUGAUGGUCGUGAUAUGUACCUGUAUAUGACGACUGGGUCUAACACACCGGCAGAAGUCACUGUCACAGCUCCGAAACAAGAUACCAAUUUUCGUAAAACAGUACAGGUAGCCAGGGGACAGAGUGUGAGAGUCUCCAUACCAGCGAACUUCAAAGCCACAGGCAGUCAGGUGGAAAACAAGGGUAUUCACGUCAUGUCUUCCCAACCCAUUUCACUGUAUGGCCUGAAUCAGGAACAGGGGUCUGGAGACGCGUUCACUGCCAUACCCGUGACUGGUCUUGGUUCAAGAUAUUCCGCCAUUACAUGGUCAAAUCAAGGACAGAUUCUCGUGGUUUCCACUCAAGACCGUACCGAAGUUAGAGUUAAGUUGCCUGGCAGAAAAAAUAACAACGUUACCUUCAACGGUGUAUUACACACUGGUUAUGCCGAGUUCACAGUGACCAUGUCAAGGUACCAAACCCUUCACCUCCAAAGCGAUGAUCUCACCGCCACUCAGAUUGUGGCUAACAGCGCUAUUACCGUGUUCUCUGGAAGCAAAAAGGUACAGAUUGAAGGUACUAUGACGUCCGACCAUCUGGUUCAACAGUUGACUCCCUAUGAUGCUUGGGGAAAAGAGUUCCUAAUUUCUGCUCCACCUAAUUCACAGAAGUAUAAAAUGAAGAUUGUGUCCCAAGACAGACAUCCAAAUAUAGGUAGAGUAUACAUUUCCGGUGAGGCCGCUAGUGGUACGUUUGUGACCGAAUUCUACACCUUUGUCAGAGACUACCAGAGUGAUGUUCUCAGACGCGUUUGGUCCGACUCUCCAAUUCAAGUCGCCUUGUUUACACAAUCCAUGGAUUCCUCCACAAAUAUGAUAGAUGCCUCCAUGGUGUUAGUUCCACCCGUCUACCAGUACAGAUCUAGGUAUACCUUCACCACAUUGGGACAAACAGCUGCAGAGAUGUCCAGUCACAUGACAAUCUAUGUUGCGAAUGUUACAACAAAUGCCGGUACACUGAGGAUGGAUGGCCAACCCAUGAAUGUGUCUUUUACUAAAGUAGCGUCAACUGAUUAUUAUUUGGGUACGAUGCCAGUCUCACCUGGAGCUCAUGAGGUCUACAGCACUGAUCCCCUGACAAACUUUUACGGUCUCAUAAGUGGUUUCCAUGCCAGUUCAAAUGGUAACUACUACGUUACUUAUCCUGCAGGGAUGAACGUGGCCAAAAACACACUGGGGUGCAGUCCAUUUGUAGGACAGAAUAUUGUAGCUGGAAACCAAGUCGAUGAAGACUGUGACGGAAGAGUAGAUGAGGAAAUCAAAAAUAAUAUUGAUGAUGAUGGGGAUGGAAAAGUAGAUGAAGAUCUGUCUCUUCCAUCGAGAGCAAAUGGUAACUGGGGACCCUGGGGUAGCUGGGAGGCGUGCAGCGUCACGUGUGAGAACGGGACCAAAAGCAGAAGAAGACUAUGCAACAACCCAGAACCAAUCAAUGGCGGCCUCGCGUGUCCAACUGACAUUCAGGGUGACACAGAUACGGUGCCAUGUUCUUUACAACGGUGUCCAGAAUGUGAUCCAGUGUCGGCAGUAAGCUGCACUAGCAAACCCAACACUGUCUGCAGUGCCAACAGAUUUUGUGAAUGUGAGCCUGGAUACAGAGACACCACCGGCCUCGGGCAGUGUGUGAAACGUGAGUUUUAUUGGAAGAAAGUACAAAAUCUUGUUGUAGAGAACUAUCACCAUUUAUCUCAUAACUAA